GCUCCAGCCACCUCGACGGCAACCCUGCAAGACGAGCUCCUCUGGCUCUGAACAAGCAAGUUUUUCAAGCUCAGAGCAAGUUUUUCAAGCUAUCAAGCACAGAAACUGUCGCGGCCGCAGCUGACACCCAACCGUUUCAGAGAUGAAGCAAAAGAUCGUGAUCAGGGUGCAGAUGAGCUGCGACAAGUGCCGGUCCAAGGCGAUGGCGCUGGUGGCGGCGGCGGGUGGCGUCGACUCCGUGGCGAUCAUCGGCGCCGACAGGGACCAGGUCGUCGUCAUGGGCGAGGGCGUCGACUCCAUCCACCUCACCAGCGCGCUGCGCAGGAAGGUCGGCCCCACGCACAUCCUGCCUAACGGACAGUCCGCUUGGGGCGGCGGACGGUCCGCGACACACUCUGUUUCACCUGCUCCGUGACCGAGGAUCGUCGGUCGCCGCCACGUGCCGGCCGUCGAGCCUAUCCCCGGCCAUCCCGUACGCCGCAUUGAAGGCGCGCACCUUCCCUUCACCCACCCGUGCCCACUCUCUCGUUUCACUCUCCCUCUCCCUCCCGACGCCAUGGACGACGCUUGAGCGACUCCCGCUCGCCGGCCGAAUCCUCGAGCUCCCCUCCAUGGAUUUCAAAUCUACCGCACCUGAAGCUUGACCAACUCCCUAGCUCCCUCCUCAACCCCUCCAACCGCCGCCACUACCCCCACCUCGCCGGGAAUUUUGGAUUCCCCGGCCGUCAGUUCGAGUUUCGCCCAAACUCGACCUCACCGUGGAACUCCAUCGUCCGGGCACCGUUUCUUUCGUCCAAGGGCUCAAAUCGACUGUAAGUGAGCCACUCAUGCUCGUGCUCCCCUCGUUCUUCCACGUUCUAGUGGUUUGCACACACGUUCUCCAUAAAGUCGUUUUUGACCGCCACGGGCCGCACGUCGCCGACUAGAUUAGGCUUGAUUUCUUCGCGUGCAUCACCCAUGCCCGUGUGCGUCUCGUCCAGUAGAUGGUGUAGUGCUAGCCUCGCCGUCAGUCGGGUCACUGUCGACAGGAACGGUGCGCCGCGCUGCAGCGCCGACCUCACUGGUGGCGGCGCGCGGUGUCAAAAGACAGGAAUCGCGGACGGUUCGCCUAGGAGGGCCGGACAGUCCGCAAGUCAGGUUAGACAUUGUCCAGAGAAGUUGUUGUCUCUGAUGGUUUCACAGAAUUGAACUGCGGGCAGUCCGCUAUUGGAGAGCGGACAGUCCGCCGUAGAGUUCGAAAUUUGUCCAGAGACGAUAUUGUCUCUGGUGGGUUUCGCAGGGUUGAACUGCGGACAGUCCGCUAUUGGAGAGCGGACAGUCUGCCGUAGAGUCUAGAAUUUGUCCAGAGGCGUCGUCGCCUCUGGUGGUUUUGCUGAGUUGAACUGUGGAUGGUCCGCUAUUUUGGAGUGGACAGUCUGCCCUAUAGUUUUGAAGUUUGUCCAGAGACGUAGUUGGGUCUGGUGGGUCUGCGGAAUUGUACUGCGGACGGUCCACCAUUUGGGCGCGGACAGUCUGCAAGAUAUUCCUUUUUAAAGUAUAUUGAUUGUAUA